ACACACAGAAGAGGCUGUCAGAUAUGAGUCUGGGGCCGGCUUGCAUUUUCCUAAGAGGAUCUAAAAACACUGAGCGUCCACUCGCAGAUGAGGAGAUAGAAGAGCUGCGCGAGGCGUUCGCAGAGUUUGAUAAGGAUAAGGAUGGUCUGAUCAGCUGUAAAGAUCUGGGCAACCUGAUGAGGACGAUGGGUUACAUGCCCACUGAGAUGGAACUGAUUGAACUUAGCCAGAACAUCAACAUGAACCUUGGAGGAAGUGUAGAUUUUCAGGAUUUUGUUGACCUCAUGGCCCCAAAGCUACUGGCAGAAACGUCUGGAAUGAUCGGACUGAAAGAGUUGAAAGAUGCGUUUAGAGAGUUUGAUAUGGACGGUGACGGCUCUAUCACCAUCGAAGAGCUGAAGCAUGCAAUGCUAAAGCUGCUAGGUGAAAACACAAACAAGAGGGAAAUAGAAGCGGUGGUCCGAGAAGCAGACAAUAAUGGAGACGGGACCGUUGAUUUUGAGGAGUUUGUCAAAAUGAUGUCUAAAAAUUGAGAAUGCACCUGUGACGUUAAAGAAGGCCUGAGACAAUCAUUCCAGAGACGGAAACAUCUGCAUCAGUCAGACCGUCAAUAAAGUCAAUGGCUACGGCUACUAUGCAUAUGGGAACAUUUUUUUAUACCAUUUUGUUUGUGUAUUUAUAUCUUACUCUUUGAGUGCCACUUUGUUUUGCUUUACAUGACCUCAAACACUGAAUCCUCUAUAAACUGUAAAUGAUAAUAAUGUCAUAUCAGUAUUAUGUAACAAUAUUUCAGUGCACGUCGGACAUAUAUGUUCGGAAUAGGAUUGUAUCUUUCAUUGGACACACAUACUUGAACUUUUGGCAUAAAACCAAGUUAAAGACUCUCUGACUGUUA